UAUAUAUAUAUAUAUAAACGGUGAGUAAACGUAUUCUAAAAUAAUCUUACUUACGUCUUUACAUCUUCUUACCUGUCGUUGAAGCCUUAAUUGUUUCAAUAAUAAAUAUUUAUAGACUGAUUUCGCCCAACUGUAUUGAUUACCAUGCACGUUUGAUAAUCCGGAUAGCUCGGCUGGAUACGUUAAAAACUGCGGUCUCAUGAAAUGACGCUGUUGAUGAAACAGAUGUUGCUGCUGAUCUAUGUAAUUCGAGUAAUACGGAUCAUCGUAACUCGUUAAAUGAUCCGAGGAAGACGCUAAAGAAUUCGUGACUGCGACUGUGAGAAAAAAGUGAAAUAAUCAGCGCAUUUAAUGUUAUCACACACAUACCUCACCAAUUAUAAUAAUUUAUAUUUUACACGUGCGAGGUAUCAGUGAGUCAUAUCUGAAGGCUUGCUUAACAAAAUAUAUAUGUAAUAUAAAAUUAAAAUAUCAUUUUAAUGAACCUUUAGCUCUCUGAACACUCAAUAAAGUUUCGUAAUAAUGUUUUUUGUACGCAGCUAAUUGGGACAUUGAAUUAACUUGAAAAUUGGUCUCUGGAUUUACAGCGUUCGAUCUUGAUUCCACUACUUUGCAUCUGAAUUAAAAAUUGUUUUCUUAUUAAUUAUAUUGUCGCGCGAUUAAACUAAUUAAAAUAAUAAUUACAUAUUUACCCGUGUAUUGAUUUUUCUCGAUUAUUUUCUUCGCAUUUACGUGUAACUAUUUUCUUUUUCAUAAUGUAAUCUAAAUUAUUUUGUGGUAAUGGAAAUUCAGUUGCUUUAUUCAGUUCUUGAGAAUUGCUUUUCGUUUGCAAUUCACUUACGGACGUAAACAUUUUUGGUUUCGCCUUUUCAUCAGAUUCUUUUUAUUUAUGCUAUUAUUAUUUUGCAAAACACUGGAUGUAAAUUUUUUUUCUGAAACUUUGCGUGACGUUUCAGGUUUCUGGUCUUUCGUGGUAGAACAUACCAAGUUUAAGGAGCUUAUUAUUGAUUGUGGAUAUGAUCUGGUGCGUGGAAAAGCCGCCAAUUCUAUACAUGUUCUAUAUGAGGAGAGAGGAGAUCGAUGGAUUAUUUUAAUGAGACUCCGUCGCAUAUGUAGCUCGGGCCGCAGCAUUUUCUAUAUGAAUAAUCCCGGAGACUUUGCAAGGAUUACUGAUCAAUGAUUAUUAUAAAAGCACGUUCGCAACGUAGACCACGUUACUUAAUGCAAUAUGCUUCGACAGAGAACAUUUUUACUUUCUAACUAUCUACUGGCAUUCUCCGCCAGUUUAAUUCUGGCACUUCCACCCGGAGGAUCAUGGACAAGCUUUGCAUCCAAACCUGUUUAUUCGCGAGCCCUUGGACCUCCAGGAGGAAUGGACACAAUAUCUGUGCCUUACGCACCGAAAUCUCCGUUCUUCCCGAAGUUUGUCGACCCAAAAGCAUUCAUUUCUACAAAGACGGAUAUGCUGAGUAAUUUGUUUGGUGGUUUAGGACCAGUUACAUAUAAUGUAGCAGAUGCCAAACCGAUUGUACCGUAUGGCGCAAGUGGAUUCCCUGUAGAUAACACUGAUAGCGCAAACGCAUUAUUUAAUAAACGAGAUAUAUUACAAGAAGGUAAAGAGAAAGCAAUCGACAAUAGCGGUAUAUAUAAACGUGGUAUGUUCGGUCCAUUUGCCUCAAAGUUUGGUCCUAUGGGUCCAAAAUUCGGGCCUGUUACGCCAUUCUCAUCGUCAGAGACAAUACCUAAUUAUUUGAGCCAAACACCUUUUUCCCGCAAAAGAAGAAGCAUAGAAGCACCUUCUUCCGCAGGCGACAUCAAUUCCAUUCCGAGUUCUUAUCCAAAAGAUCCACAGAUAGUAGAAAAUACAUCAACAAAAUCAGCUGCUAGUAGUACACCAAAGGAAUAUUUGCCGGGAAUAUUCGGAUCUUUCGGACCAGGUGGACCUUACGGAGCAAGUGGACCUGUCGGACCAAGUGGUUCUUUCGGAUCGGUGGUGGACCCGAGCAUGCUCACCGCGAAGAAGGCAGAUUUCCUAGAUACACUCUUCAAAAAUCUUGCCACCAGCACUCCAGCAACAACAACCGAAAUACCUACGCCGAAGAGCACCAUAGUACCAGCCAGCUUUUGGUUGCCGUCUUCCGUAAUUCCCGGUCCGACUGAAUAUACCCAAAAAGUGUCGGAUUUUCUGGAUAAACUAUUUGACAGCAUAAAGUUAAAUGCGACAGCACAAGAAACCGAUGAUAGUUCAAGCGCAAAUAGCAAUUUUAUGAGAUCCGUGAAACCUGAUGAUAUUUUACCGGACAAGAAUGCAAGAUCCUUAGACGACGCAUCUUCCAUCGUAGCUGCUAAGGACGCAAUCGUUGAUAUUAUACUGUCGGAGCUUGGCAAUCUAAAGAGCGACAUGAUAGCAACUCUGAAUGAUCUGAUUGCGUAUGAAAAAACUGCAACAACUGCUGCAGCUACGUCGAAAAAGCCUUUUAAACCCUUCUCCAGCAUAUUUCCUUUUGCAAAACCAACAGUAGAUCCAACGCUUCCUUUUCAACAGAGAAUGGCUGUACUCAGUCAAGUAUUUGAUAUGUUGACGGAUCUGCAAAAAAAUAUCACUGUGGUCGCCAAGGAUGCGAUAACGACUAGUACUAGUCCUCCAGAUAUUUUGGAAGAAUUGCCAAAGGCUCCAUUAACUGACAACGCUUCAAUUAACAACACUCUCUUGGAUGCCAUUUUGAAGAAAAUAUCCACCAUUGAAACUGUAACUAUGACUUCGUAUCCGGCAAGUUCUGUCAAAGAGAAUACUUUAAUGAGUAGAGCUUUGCCAACAUCUUUCUGGGUAUCUUAUCCGGAGAAUUCGGCAUCUGCUGUAAGACGACAAGCAGACAACGAUUUGUUACCAUACUUAGGAUAUGAAAAUGAUGAUAAUCAGCAUAAUCAUAGACAAUAUACAAGAGGCGUAAAAAUGCAAAUGCAUCAGGGAUAUCAGAGUCUACCCGCGGGCUCGAUAGAAUCUGUACAAGCCGGGGGUGGUUCUACACCAGAGCAUCAAGGAGGAGGAAUUAAGUUGCUGAUUCAAAUGCCUAAAUUGCCUAAAGCUCCAGGCUUUCAAAGUAUUAAUUACAAUUAAUAUGUGCAAUAUCUGAAUUAUGAAUAUCAUGGACAUCUGUCGCAGGAGUCUAACGCUUAUGAAAAUUUGAACAAAUGGGCUGACUGGAUGCAAUAUCACAAGAAUGAAUAUCA